AUGACAUCUCAAAGUAUACCUCCAGGUCGUAUCCAAACACUAACCGCUGAUGAAGAGUGGAAAUUAAAGGAAGUUUGGGCUCAUUUUUUAACUUUUUGGGGGACUCCAGUUACUUUACCUUCAGGUCCCGAAAGAACAGCAACAUCAACAAGUAUUGCAUCGAAAACUUCAAAACACGAAGAGCAUGGUGUUUCAACUAGAUCAAAUGAAUCAAUUGAAGCUAAUUAUUCCCAUAAAGUUAUUCAUGAUUCUUUCAAAGACCUGCAACCGGAAGAUAUUUAUAGUAAUUUCUGGAAUAUGUUGAGAACAGACUCUCCAGAUAAUCUAAUACUGAGAUUUUUAAGAGCUAGAAAAUGGGAUUCCGAUAAAGCUCUGGCAAUGUUGGCACAUACUUUACAUUGGAGAUUAAAAGAAAGUAAAGUUGAAGAUUUGUUAUUUGGUGGUGAAAGAAGAGGUAUUGAGAACGGAGAAGAAGGGUUCCAUUUACAAUUCAAGUUAUCAAAAGCAUAUUUCAGAGGUUAUGAUAAUGAAGGUAGACCAAUUGUUAUCAUUAGACCAAGAUUACACCAUGCUUCUGACCAAACUGAAGAGGAAGUUCAAAAGUAUACUUUAUUAGUCAUUGAAGAAGCUAGAUUAUUACUGAAAGAACCUGUUGACUCAUGUUCUGUUUUAUUCGACUUGACUGAUUUCGCAAUGUCUAAUAUGGAUUAUCCACCUGUUAAAUUCAUGAUUGGUGUUUUUGAGGCUCAUUAUCCCGAAUCAUUGGGUAAAUUAUUCAUUCAUAAAGCACCAUGGAUUUUCCCACCUAUCUGGAAUAUUGUUAAAAAUUGGUUGGAUCCUGUUGUUGCUGCCAAAAUUACAUUUACAAAAUCUGCAAAAGAUUUGAAUAAAUUUAUACCAAUGGACUAUAUUCCAAAAUCACUUGGCGGUGAAGAUGAAUUCGAAAUGGAAUAUAUUGAACCAAAACCUGAAGAAGAUGAAUUGAUGAAAGAUGCUGAAACAAGAGACAAAUUAAAAGCUGAACGUAAAGAAAUCAUUACUAAAUUCAUUGAAGCUACAGUAAAUUGGAUAGAGGCUGGAAGUGUUGAAGAUAGUAAGAAAUACUUGAAGGAAAAGAUUGAGCUUGGUCAUGAAUUAUCCAUCAACUAUUCCAAAUUAGACCCAUAUAUUAGAGCUAGAUCAGUUUUCGAUAGAAUUGGUGUCAUCGAUGUCCAAAAGGGACUUUAA